ACUGUUGGCAGCCUAUCUAGUUUUAACGCACCCAAAAGAACACCCAGAAUCUCGCCCAUUCCUAUCUGAUAUCAUCUUCGUUCGUCUUCCUCUUUCCCUUCCCAUUCAUCUGCUGGAAUGGCGGACACUGAUGAUGAAGACGAGGUCCUCGCUCAUUUCCUCGAAUCCGAGAUCCUCUCCGAUGCCCCGCUGUCACAGGACGAUGGAGAGAAGGAGGCUGUGGAGUCGAUUGAAUCAAGGCGGCCGUUGAAGAAGCCCCGGGUUGAGGAGACAGAGGGGCGCAGUAGCAAGGCGCCUCCGAGCCCGAUCGAGAGCGGCAUCUUCGGCAAGAUACCUCCUGAGCUUUACCAUCACAUCCUUAAAUUCCUCUCAUCCGAGGAUUUGAUUGCUUGCUCUCGUGUUUGCCGAUUCAUGAAUUUUGUGGCGUCCGAUGAAUGCCUCUGGCGACGUUUGUAUUGCAUGAGGUGGGGGCUUUCUGGUCGGGCUGGAAAGUUGCGAUCUUGUGCUUGGAAGAAGCUCUAUAUUCAGCGUGAUCAAGAGGACAUGAUUGAAUUCGUUAGAAAUACCCCAUCUGAAUUCAGGGAAUACUACAUACACAUGCAGGCAGCAAAAAGAAGCCAAGCACCUCUUCCUUCUCAGGUCAAUGAUGAUCUGGUAAUCCUUGACAAGACAGUAGGUGAUCAAGUUUCGAUAUGGAAGAGCACCAGAGGUUUUUCUGAUGAGGCAGUUGUAGACCAUCUUUGCUCGGGAAAUACAUGUUCUUAUUCUCAAAUUGGAGAUGUUUUCCUCUGUGACAAGACUGGGCGUAUGCAUGUUUGUGAUGAUACUUGCCGAGAAAUUGUUUUGGAUCAAGCAAGUGGACUUCUGGUCUGUACAAUAUCUGGUCACUGUUUUGAUAGAUGGCUCUCUCCAGAAGAGGAGUCAUCAACCUCAGAUGGGCUUUAUGUUACAGGAGCAACAACAAGCUGGUGUGACAGAUGAAGCGGAGCCUUUCCUAGGAUCAGGACGAUUCGCACGAGCUUAUUUACUUGGUUACAACUGUGCCGAUGAGAAGGAGCUGAAGAGAGCCCUGAGGUUCUGUUGAUCUUAUCUUGAACUUUGCAAUCAUCACUGGUAUCCAGCAGAUUAAGCUGCAGCGUCUAAUUUUCCUUGUACGUUAUGGCGUGGGUGUUGCAUGCCUUGUGGCUGGCUCAUUGGUUCUUAGUGGAUUGUCUAAUAAUCACUCUUGUUGUUAUAUUACCAGUAUUUUCCAGCAAAAUUUAAAAAUAUAGCACACAUAAUGUAAAAUAUUUUCCUGCCUUGAUUCAUCUAAUUUAUAAUCCUAUUUUCUGACA